AUGUACACAUGCAUCAGUAAAUUUCAAGAGUGCGUGUAUUGUUUAUAUCUAAGUUUGUGCCUCUCUCUCUCUCUCUCUCUCUCUCUCUCUCUAUCUAUCUAUCUAUCUGUAUCUAUCUAUCUGUCUGUCUCUCUGUGUCUAUCUCUCCAUCUCUCUCUAUCUCUCUCUCUCUCUCUAUUUCUCUAUCUAUCUAUUUGUAUCUAUCUCUCUCUGUCUAUAUCUCUAUCUCUCUCUAUCUAUCUCCCUCUAUUUCUCUCAUUCUCUCUAUUCCUCUAUCUAUCUAUCUGUAUCUAUCUAUCUCUGUCUAUCUGUCUAUCUCUCUCUGUCUAUCUAUCUCUAUCUAUCUCCCUCUAUUUCUCUCAUUCUCUCUCUCUAUUCAUCUAUCUAUCUAUCUAUCUAUCUAUCUAUCUAUCUACCUGUAUCUAUCUCUCGCUGUCUAUCUCUCUCUACCGCUAUUUCUGUCAUUCUCUCUCUCUCUCUCUAUUUCUCUCUCUAUUUAUCUAUCUGUAUCUAUCUCUCUGUCUAUCUAUCUGUGUCUAUCUGUCUAUCUCUAUCUAUCACUCACUAUUUCUCUCAUUCUGUACGGUAUACUGGCUUGUUAACCAUCUCUCUCUCUCUCUCUCUCUCUCUCUCUCUCUCUCUCUCUAA